GGUUCAGUUUUCUCUCGGAUACGGAUGGUGCAGCAUCGCGCGUACGGUCGUACACCGCUCUGUUCGCGGCCGUUCGUUGUUUUCGGUCGGGCCCGUUGUUUCUUUACGGGUGACAAGUGGAACGCGCUCGGCAGUGUGCAAUCGCCGAUGGGGCAGAACGAACCAGCAAAAGAGCACGCUAGAAGUUUGUAACGUUCGUAGUGAGUGUUCGUUUCCUGCUGUUUAGCACUGCCUCGCCAUUGUGCCCGUUAUUAUUGAACGGUGUGUGAAAAUGUGAUUAGUGUCAUCCUGCGGUGGCACGGUGAAGAAAACACGGCGGCGCGUCCUCGUUAUGGUUCGAAAUUGUUAAUUAUGUCGCUUUGUCGUCGGACACCCGCCGCCGCACCAGUCGAUGGCAAUACACGGAAGACGGCGGAAGACCGCAUCGUACUGCAUUCGGGUGAAAUGCUGUCGCCCUAUCGGUGGGCCGUGGACAUUGGUGCAUCCGCAGGCGCAUUGCCACCGGCGGCUGAGCAGAACGAAGCAAGUGUGACAAACGGCUUAAGCGCAAAUCUCGACCGAUCGACGAGAUCACCGGGAAUGCUAAUCACCGUAGCCCUGUGACCAGCGGCCGUGAAGCAAUUUACGGCGCGGGCUAGAAGAGGGGACCUGAGAAGCUCGGGUGGCGUUCCUCACCCCCCCCCCUUUCCUAAUUCAUCCUCUUCUAUGUGUGACUGUCUUCGUGUGUGUGAGUGGCUAUGAAAUUAUGACGACGCCAUGCUAUGAUAGUUAAGCGCGAGAGCGAAAGUGUGGAAGAAAAGUGGUUGAUACAUGUGUACGCUUAAGCUUGGAGCCUGGCUUCCCUCCAUUGAUCCCCACAAACACAAAAGCAAAUAAUAAAAAAAACAUCGGCUGCGAAAGCAAAGCGAUCGGUGGAGUCAAUAAACGAAAAACAAUCACCACGACCCGUGCCGGUUGGUAAAGCCGCCCUCCCGUUUUGACGCAAACAAUUAAACACAAUAAAGGUGAAUGAAGUGCCGGGGAACGUUAAACAGUCAAAAACUAAGAGGGAAAACCCCUUGCUCCUCUAUAUUUAUUCCGCAAACAAAUGGAGUGUCAACAAACUGUCGCAUACGUAAUGCAAUAACCCACUAACCGGAACCGGUGUGGGGCGGACGUGUAAAACGUGUACUAAGAGAAGCCAAAAAAAAAACAACAAACAACGACACACCAAACACAAACGAAAACAGAAACGAUUAGCGCGGAAGCGAACACAGCCAGGUUUUGUAAAUCUUUCAUGUGCCAAUGUUAGUAAAAGUUUUAACAAAUUUUAACAACCACGCGGCGCACAUUGCCAAGCGUUGCGUUUGAAAAGCAUUCGCUGAGGGGAGUGUUUAGUAAGUAAGUAAGUAAGUAAGUAAGUAAGAGGCCAAGUGGCGGCAAACGCACAGUUUCACACUGACAUAAAAAAGGCGUACUUAACGCGACCGUCCAUUCAACAUGAGGAAAAUGGAUGUCAACAAUGCUAAAUAUUUGCUCGAUUACCUCUACUACACGAGAGAUGAUGAACAGUUUCGUUUCUACAAGAAGUCAAGAUCAUCAAUAUUUCGCGGUGUGAUACUAUGUCUCUGCUUGAACCUUACCUUCGCCAACGUGGUCCGGUUCCCGCGGGAACUGCAGCUGCAUGGAUCCGCCUUCCUAGUACCUUACGUUAUACUGCUCCUUCUAGUCGGCCUCCCGGUGGUACUGCUCGAAAUAUCGCUCGGCCAGUUUCUUGGCCAAGGUUCGGCGCACAUGUGGCGCGCAGCUCCCUUCCUGAAGGGUGCCAGUCUGGUGGGACGUAUUGCUUCGUGGCUGGCGGCGAUAUGGACAUCGAUGCAAUCCGUGAUUGCACUGCUCUACAUCGGAAUGCUAGCAUUCAAAUCUGUGCCAUUGCGGGAGUGUUCCAAAUCGGUUACGAUCAACCCGCAAGCCAUUUAUAAUGGUUACGACGUACAGCAAAGCAGUGGACAGGAAUGUUUGAAAUUAACAUUUCUCCGUCCAGUGUGGAGAAGCUCGCUGUACUUUGGCUUGCUGGCGUUGAGUCUCAUACUGCUGUGGGUCAUUUCGAUGGUUUGCACACACAGUGGGAAAAUUAAUCGCCGAUCGAUUUACCUGUUCGGCUUUGUGGCGCUGGUACUGCUGAUCUUCGAAACCGGGUGGGAAGUUACGAAAUCAAUCAACGAGCAGUACUUCCCCGAUCUGUGGCCCUUCCAUCCGGAGUCGUUCGCGGACAGUACGGUCUGGUUCAACGCGCUCGUGCAGGUGAUCUACUCGCUGAACAUUGGUUUUGGCGCAGUGCCAGUACUGACGGGCAAGUUCCUCUACAAGGGUGAUGCGAUCAAGACCUCUUUUGUGUACAUCUUCUUCAACAUACUCAUCACAGCGAUCGCGGUAGUGUUCUACGUGUUCCAGUACAACAACAGCUUCACCGAGGCUCAUCCCUUCUAUCCGGAGCUGAGCGCCCUUACCGUCAUAUACGAUCGCGCCAUCUCCGUGCAGGAGUCGGACCCGACUCUGCAGCGGCUCAUUCCCGCCCUAUCGUACACGGUGAUCUUCAUUUCGUCGCUCGUAUCGAUCGUCAUCUACAUCUACACCUCGACCCGGAUCAUCCGGAAGCACCCGAACUACACGGUGUGCCUCGCCGGGCUGGUGGUUGCCAUCGCUGGGCUGCUCUGUCCCAACUACAUCUUCCCGCGCAUCCUGGACACGCGCAUCGUCGGUGCGCUAGCCGUGUGCGCCAUGAUCUUCGAGAUCAUCCUCAUCAUCUGGGUGUACGGGUCGAAAAAUCUCUACACCGAUCUUGAGUUUUCGCUCGGCCGGCCCGUGCUGAAGGCGUGGCUGUUCAUCUGGGGCUUCAUACCGGUGCUGCUGAUGGCGCUGCUGUGCUGGUGGUCGAUCACCUACUACGACAACGAUCUGCUGAUCGAUUACUUCCCCAAGUGGCUGCCGGUCGUGUUCAGUCUGUCGGUAAUCGUGCUGCUGGCCUGCGUCGAGAUCAGCAAGCAGGUGGACUACAACAUCUUCAGCAUGAUACACGGCGCGACCAAACCUUCGAAGGACUGGGGCCCGGCCGAUCCGCUCGUCCGGCACGCCUGGAAGCAGUGGAAAUCGGUCUGCGAGGAUACGGGCGAGCGGGACUUUACGUUGCGCCGGCGCGGCACCAAGGACUACACCAACUCCAUCAAGAAGGGCCAGUACACGCACUCGCACAAGUACGGCGCCUCGUCCAACCGGAACCUUUCGACGACGGGCAGCAACUCGCCCAACUACAGCGGAUCGGUGUUUGGUGAUUCGGCCAUCGAAGAGGACAUGAGUGUGGAAAAGUACCCACACUACAACAAGCACUCCAGCACGCAGCAGCAGCAGCAGCAGCAUCACACCACGACCUUGGGUGGGCACGGAGGGUACGGGCUGGAUACGCCACCGCCGCUUCCACCGCUUCCCCUGACCGAAACGACGGACGACAGUUCGCCCCGCAUAUCGGCCAGCUCGCGCAAGUCUUCCCGCGCGACGGAUCACACCAAGCGGACGCCCAGCGAACGCAGCGGGGCCGACUUGCUGCCCAACUCGCGCAAAACGUCCGACAACAGCUUUUCCUCCCGCAUCGACAUCAUGCCGCGGGAUGAGGAAGCGACCGGGUUCGCUCGGAGCACGGCCAUUGUGCGCAAUCCACUCGCCAAGGGCAACCAAAGCCACCAGCAGGUCCAUGGGCGCCACUACCAUCCGCACGGUGGCAUGGUGCCAGUGCACGGUGCCAAACAGAAUGCCGUCUCGUACCAUCAGGACGGACCGAGAACUGCCGUCGGUGGGCCGGCUAACGAUGGCGACCGGCUACAGGGUGGCUACAAUCGGGACAUCUUCAUCAGUAAUGGACAUGCGCCGACCAGCGGAGGUGCGGCUGGUGGCGAUCACAUCUGCUGGCGAAAGUUUUCCAUCAACUCGGAGGAAUACUCGACGGAGCUGUAAGCAGGGGAGGUUGGCGCCUGUUAAUAGAAUAUUGUUACACUUUUCGUUUUCGUUCCGUAUCUUUCUGUUUGCAUGCGUUUGCAACGUUGCAGUUUUGUACAUACUGUUAGACACAAGUGCUAAGACAAGGGUAUGGGAGGGACAUAGAAAAAAAAAACACUUUGCCGCUACGAUUACACACCCGAUCGUGGUGUGUAUAUGUGUUCCGAACUGGUUUGGCCGGUGGCAAAGGACUGAUUUCAUGGGGACGCGUGUGUGUUUAUGUUUGUUCAUUCGAAGAGGGUAGGGUUUUGGGAGAAAGCAGGACCUAACCGGUGUCCGGUUCAUCGGUUUAUAUUAUUUAUUCGAAUAGCAAAAG